AAAUUCAAUUCAGAAAUCGGUAAAAUUUCGAAAAGAGAAGAAAUAAUCCGUAUGAAGAUAAGAAGAUAAAAAGAUAACGAGAAUCGUUCGAAUCGUUUGUACGAAAGGAAGGAAGAAGAAGAAGAAGAAGAAGAAGAAGAAGAAAAUUCUAGUUACUUUAUAUGGCAAGAUUUUACUUUCGCGGUUAACGCACGUUACCUUUCCCUUUUUCAUCUUCGACGAGAACGAGAGUUCUACGUCAAACGAAAGCACGCGCGCGCGCGCGCGCACGACUCGUUCUUUCUGUUUACGAAACAACUUGUGAGACGAGUGACGCGUGUGAAAGAGAGAAAGAGAGAGAGAGAGAGAGAAAGAGUUACUUACUUCAGUCCAUUGAGAGACGCGUGCGCGUGCACAUGCUCUCAUAGAUAUAUAGAGGACGACCACACCUAUAAAAUUCAAGAAAUAGACGCUUUCGUUUGUACACUUGUAGAAAGAUGGCCGCGUCGUUUGGCCGUCACGCGUCGACUAGAUACAACAUUAUAUUCAUCGUUUACAUUUGUUUCUAUUUUGAAACGUGCUCUCCAGUUCUCAGCGAGGAAACUCUUUCUCAAGGUAGCAGAUAUUAUAAUCGUGAUGGCGUUUAUGUGCCACCGAACCCAGCCGGCUAUCAGACCUAUGUCUACAAAGAUAGGAGAUAUGGGUAUCAACCCAGCUAUCUUGAUCCUAUUUACAGGGGUCCAACUAGGGCUCCAGAGGAUCGUUACCUUUAUGGGGACAUGACGCCUAGGGUACCAUUGCCAGGAAUACUUGGCGGAUGGAGGCGGGAUCUUCAAGGAAGGGAGAGAGACGAUUCUAGAAAUAUGAAAACCGAUAUUUUUGUUACUACCAGAUAUGGACAAGUUCAAGGCUUUAAAGUUAAUUUGUAUGAUGAUCCGGAUGCGCAGCAUAGACCUUGGAACUUGCAGGUUGAAAGAAUUACUAAAAGUGUUAAUGUAUUUCUGGGAAUACCUUAUGCCAUGCCACCUACAAAGGAAGGUCGUUUCAAACCGCCGAAACCACAUAGGGGAUGGCAACUCUUACAGGCUGUUGAUUGGGGUCCAGCAUGUCCACAACCAAGCUCAUAUACUGGAGCUACGAAAGGAGUGCGCGACGUAGACGAAGAUUGUUUGUACUUAAAUAUCUUUUCACCCAACGUAAGUUUAUUGAUUUUAAAAAUUAUCUGCAAAGAGAGUAUAAAUAAAUCAAUAAAUUUACAGAUUGAUUCAGGACUAGCACAACCCUAUUCAGUAAUGCUUUAUAUACAUGGAGGUGAAUUUACUCAUGGUGCAAGUAAUUUAUUUCCAGCGCAUAUAUUGGCAGCUUUUUACGACGUUGUAGUUGUAUCUAUAAAUUACAGAUUGGGAGCACUUGGAUUUUUAAGUACAGGGGACGAAAAUAGUCCAGGAAAUUAUGGUAUCCUAGAUCAAGCAAUGGCAUUACGAUGGGUUUAUGACAAUAUUGGUGAUUUUAAUGGUAAUCCCGAUGCGAUAACAUUGUUUGGACCUGGCGCUGGUGCAGCAAGUGCAGGCUUAUUAAUGAUAGCACCAAGAACACGACAAAUGGUUUCAAAAGUUAUCGCACAAUCAGGCUCUGCAUUAGCUGAUUGGGCAGUAAUAAUGGAUAAAUAUAGAGCACAAAAUACAUCAAGAGUGUAUGCAGAAAUGCUUGGUUGCAGUAUAGAGAGCAGCUGGAAAUUAGUGCAAUGCUUGAAAGAUGGCCGUAAUUUCUUUGAAUUGGGGAAUUCGGAAUUAAAGCCACACAUAGGAAUGUUUCCAUGGGCUCCCGUGUUAGACGUUAAUUUUACAGUACCACGUGAUAAUUUAUACGAAGAUUGGGCAGCUUCUGACUGGCGUUUCUUUGCAGAAACUCCUGAAGAAAGUAUUAAAACUGGAAAAUAUAAACGAGAUUUGGCAUAUAUGGCAGGUGUUACUACUCAAGAAGCAGCAUAUAUUUUAUAUAAUAAUGAAACUUUGGCUAGGAAUGAUUAUAUAAUAGAUAAAGAAUUAUUCGAUCAAAAAGUUUGGGAAUUAGUUUUACGUUAUAAUUACACUCUUAAUCCACAAGGUGUUUAUGAAGCUAUAAAAUACAUGUACACGUAUUGGCCAGAUCCAAUGAAUGUCACUCACAUUCGUGAUCAAUAUAUAAAUAUGUUAUCCGAUUUUCAUUACAUUGCACCUUAUGAUAAAAUAGCAAAAUUAUUAAUAGAGAAACACGUGCCUACUUAUCUGUACGUUUUAAACACGACUACAGAAGCUUUCAGAGCGCCACAUUGGAGACGAGUACCUCAUGAUACGGAAUUACUUUGGUUGACUGGUGCGCCUUUUAUGGAUGUUGAAUUUUUCCCUGAAAAAUGGAAAUUAAAAAGGGAUAUCUGGACGGAAAACGAUCGUAAUAUGAGUCGUUUCUUUAUGAAGGCGUAUUCUAAUUUUGCAAAAUACGGACAUCCAAGUCCUUCUCAGAUUUUAGGAUUACAUUUUGAUAUUGCUAAAUAUGGUCAAUUGCGAUAUUUAAAUAUUAACACAACAUUCAACAGUUCGAUUAUGAUAAAUUAUCGUCAAACAGAAAGUGCAUUCUGGUCGAUGUAUUUACCAACGGUUAUUGGUAGGAUAGUUCCAACAUAUCCACCUGUUACCGAGUACUGGUGGGAGCCUAAACAACCUUUGCAAAUUGCGUUCUGGUCGAUGUCAACUGCCUGUUUAUUAUUGAUAGUGGUUUCAGUGGUUUGCUGUAUGCUUUGGCGUAAUGCCAAAAGACAAUCUGAUCACUACUAUAGCGGAGACAUCUUGAUGAUACGAGAGGAUGAACAUUCGUCGGAAGGAAUCGAGAAUUUGAAUCGUGCUUCUAAAGAAAAUAUAUACGAGUAUCGUGAUUUACCACCAAGAACCAGAGUACCAAGACAAAAUGAAGCCAGAUUACAAGAACGUUUAGCGCACAAUCGAAAAUUCAGUUCAACGCCAUCGUUAAGAAGUAAUUCAAACGUAUCCUUAAAAGAUAUGAGAUCAGAAGGAUUUGUUACGAGCUCUCCAAAUGGUAAGCCUAGGCUAAAUAAAGCCGCGAGUCAAUCUACACUGCCCAAGAUUAAAAGUAAAACACAAUUAGUACAAGGUGUACCACAAACAGCUGUUUAAAGAUUAGUUUUUAAUGUCAGUUUCAAACUUUUUUAUUUUUACAUAUAUAAAUCUAAAAAUUCGGGACAUUUUUUAAAAUAAAAAUCUAAAGACUAAUUAAGAGAACAUUUUAGAAAUAUUUUCUGAAAAUAUAAACAUACAUGAUGUGCCAUAAAAGAACCUUUGAGAAGCAGCUAUUAAGAACUGAUAUAAUAAUGGCUAUAUAAUGAUAGCUAAAAAUACCAAUUUUUAUAAAGGUUCUGACAUCAAUUUAUGGUACUUGAUAAAAACGAUUGAAAAUAUUAUCAUAUACGAGACAUUCCUAGAGAAUCAAAAGAUUAAUUUUAAUCUAUUACCAUUAUAUAAUAAGAUAAUAUUUUAUAUGACUUUUGCAGAAGAAUAUCAUUAUUUUUACUGCAAUUUAUCCGUCCAUUAUCUUAGAAAUAUAGAAAAAUAUAUGUAUAUUCUGGUACAAUGUAUAUAUCAAAAGGUAUUUCAUACUAAUUACGUGAAUAUAAUAAUAUAAGUCCAAUUAUCUAUUUUGUAAGAAAGAUUAUCGAGUUUACUAAAAGGUGUUAUUUGCUUUAACACACAAUUAAAUUUAUAAUUAAAAUAUUUUCAAUUUAUAUACGAUUCAUAGUUGGAUAUAUCUUGUUAGGAAGGCAAGAAGAUUGUAUAUAUCAAAUUUUUGAUAACUAUUUCUUCUUAGCAUAUCAAUCAAAGUUCAAUAGAAUUUUGGUUGGUACUAAUAAGACCGGUGCCUUACGAUAUAAAGAUUUUUUUUAUUAGAAUUUUAUUAAUGAAAUGAAAUUUUUAUUUAUAAUAUAUAUAAAAAAUGAUCUUUUUUAUAUAGAAUAAGAGUCAAACAUAUUUAUAUAUUCUGCAUUAUUGCAAAUACGAUGACUUUUAUUCAUCUUUUAUUAGCUACAUGUAAUAUUA